AUGGCUGCUACAGGUAUGUUUUUUGAGCAGAUCUCGAGUUCCUUAGUGGAGUACGGCAUGGCAGUGGAGGAGCCGUCGCCUGCAGAGGUGCGGUCAUUGCUGCGCGACUGCGGGCUGGCGGGGAAGCGGCAGCUGAACCGGGACGAGUUUGAGGCGCUGUACCUCGCCAUACUCAAGGUGGCUGCGGGCAAGUGCAUCCGGAGCUUUGUACGAAAGUAUGGCAGAGGCAUCCUCGUCGGCACGGCGGGGCUGUUCAUCGCCAAGCGCGCGCUGCGGGCUGUGCCGCUGGUCGGCCUGCUGGCGUCCCCUGUGCUAAUGCUCGUGCCCACGCUGCUCGUCGGCCCGGCGAUAGGCGUCCUGGGCGUGUACUGCCUUGACCAUGGCGGCGUGGGCGCUCUCAGAGACCUGUGGGACAACAUCAGGGGCAGUGGGGGCGGCGGCGGCUUCAUCGCAGGGUGA